AUGACGAUACCUUUACUUGUCAUUUUCAGUGGAAUCUUGACAAGGACAUUUACUUCAAACGAUUCUGUGAUAGACCGACAAGUGAAGCGGGAAAAGCAUUCUUCUCAUGGCNAGUGGAAUCUUGACAAGGACAUUUACUUCAAACGAUUCUGUGAUAGACCGACAAGUGAAGCGGGAAAAGCAUUCUUCUCAUGGCUUGACUGGAGUGCGGAGUCGUAUGAUCGCUCGAUCUACGUGCAGCGGCGAAACUACGCCCGUCGUGACGGCGAGGUGUCCAUGUGGAAGUGGUACGUCUACGGCCCAUUUGUGUUUAACUGGACGAAGAAACAGUGGCUCCGCGGUGACGACAGCUGCGGCAUGAGAAUGCCAGCGUGGGGCGUCGGUGGAGAGGAGCGCGCCAGGGAGGAGUUUGAUGCGGCGGCGGAAAAGGGCUUGAACAAACACUGGCACUACCAGAUCAUGCGCAAGAUUCGCCGCGAGCAGGCGAUGAAGGCAGCGGCGGAUGCAAAGGAGUCGGCGUAG